AUGGACUCUUUUGUUGGAACUGACUUUGCGAACAAGAUAGAAUGUACACCAAGAGAACAAUGCGCUGUACCGAAAUUUUAUGAAUGCUUUCGAUGCUGGGCUGGGCAGCUUCUACCUGCAGGCCCUGCAAAAGCGAGGAAAACGAAUCCAAGUACUCUCUACAGAUCGAGAAUACAGAACGGAGAAAAGAAAGAAAGUUUAGAUUCAAAAACGAUGCAUAUGUCGUUGGAGCGAGACGGAAAUGGAAAGCAAAGCCCCACGCGCGAUCCUUUUCCAUGUCGGCACGUGUUCUCUAUUGGGGGUCGGAGGGAAGAAACAAAUGAAGGAAUGAGCUUGAAGAUGGCAUCGCUCACACGUCACUCUUGGCUUUGUCGUGCAACCGUGCAACCAAUCACUGCCUUGCAAUCAGCGAUAGAAAGUAGUCUGCUUCAACAUCCCCCCUCCUCUCUACUAGUGCAAAAUCGCGUCGUUUUUUUUGCGUCAAAGUAUAAGUAUCACCAAAUUAAACUCGUUCCUGGAUACUCUUCCCUCUCAUCCUCUAACACACAAAAAUCUCCUUCACACUUGAUGCAGCUCUCUGUUCGCGGGAAUGGUAAAACGGCGAAGCUUGCCUUAGAGCCGGAUGACCCGUCGGUCGCCGAACUGCUUUUGGCGAUCGAGCGGGAGCUCGGGAUUUGCACCUCGCGGCAAGUGUGGCGAGCCGGGUUCCCGCCCAAGGUACUCGAUACCGCCAACGUUAGCACGGUGAAGGCAGCAGGCAUACAAAAUCGCGACGUGGUCACUGUGGCAGAAUCAGAAGCUCCACUGCGGGAACGAAUAGGGACCACUGGGUACCCUGCCGCAGAACAAGCACCAGCCGGUCCUCCUCCCGGGGGCGCAGCAACAGCGAGUUCCAGCGCAGCACCGCAGCAUAAAAAUGCCGGCGCGAGCGCAACUCCCUCCGCGGUCGUCCCUGCCCUCCUUCAGGCCACAGACGGCGUGGAGAGGCACAUUAUUGCGGCCGACAAUAGUUGCCUGUUCAAUUCCAUUUUGUGGAACUUCGGCCCACGGCAUCCCAAGACGAGGACCCAAACAGGCACGACCAUGACGCCGCAGGCUCUCCGCGGGGUGUGCGCGCAGGAGAUCCGCGGGGAUCCGAGCAAGUGGGACAUGCUCACACUGGCGGAGUGCGACAAGCCGAGUCUGGAGUACGCCGACUGGAUUUCCAAAUCCGACUCCUGGGGCGGCUUUUUGGAGAUGAUGAUUCUCUCGAACUAUUUCCAGACCCAGAUUGCCGCCGUGGACAUCCGCACCGCGCGCCUGGAAUACUUCCCGCACCUCGAGGGCUUAGAACCGGCGGAGCGGGAAAAGUACAAGGACCGCAUGUUCGUGUACUACGACGGUAUACACUACGACGCGUGCGCGCGGAAAACGGGUGUUGGGAACAACGACGGUCUAGUCUCCGGAAAUGGCCUCUUUGCGGUGCAGGAUGACGUGGCGCUCACGCAAGUCGUCGCGGCCGCGAUCGAACUCAAGGAGCAGAAGCAGUUCACGGUGACGGCAACGUUCACGCUGCAGUGUCAACACUGUUUCAAGUUGCUCACGGGCGAAAAGUAUCAAAUGUAAAAAUGUCUGGGUCUGGAAGAUUGCAACUUGUCGUGCUAAAUCUGCAGCAUGCAAAAGUCUGUGUUGCAUGAUUACCAAAAGUCGUUCAGUUUUGACCAAGUCGGGAGGGAGUUUCUCAUGCAGGAUAGGCAUUAGAAAGGUCUCGCAGAGUCUGUCAUGCUAGGUCCUGCAAUCCAGACCUCAUGGGUCAUGGAAGAGCAGCAUGACAAAUCGCGCACUCUUCCAGACCCAGACAUUUUUACAUUUGAUAAAAAGGAAGCGCAAGGACACGCGAAGGAAACAGGGCACUUCAAUUUUCAAGAAGCACCAGGAUCCUAGUUAGUAGCGCCAUGGAGUGCAUAAUUAAUUUUCACUUUGCUUCGUGGACGUUUAUAUCAAGGAUAACCACGAAAACGAGCGAGAAGAACACUCGCAACUCAUUCCCAAGACACACGACACAGGAACCUGCUUGACCUUGGCAAUCGAAGAGUUUUCC